AUGUGCAUGCCAGAUGAUGAGAAUGUUGUCGGUUGGCUUGUGGCGUUGCAGGCUUCAAAAGGCCUAAGUCAUCAACAAAUAAUGUGGAAAGAUGAAAGUAGCAACUACAGAAAUUACAAUGAUGAAAUCAUCGAACUUGCUGACGAAGAAGAAGACCUACAAAACAGCAUAAUCGGUGACACUAUGCAUUAUGCAAUGGAAUAUUACCUGAAGUACAUGGAGAAGAUCCCAUGCCGAACUUCUAUUCUCACCGGUCGUGCUUGGAUUCAAGAAUUAUUUGAUGGCCACGUAGCCAGGGGUGAACAAAAUUUGCAUAUGCCGCCGUAUGUGUUUCAAGCGUUGUGUGACACAUUGCGAAGCGACUUCGGUUUAUGGGUACCUACAAGACCCCAUGGAUUACACAUUGAAGAAAGUGUUGCGAUGUUCAUCCAUACGUUGGACGGCUGCACUAACCGAAAACUUCAGGAACAAUUCCAACACUCAGGAGAAACUGUCGCGAUAUUUCCAUACAAUGUUGGAAGCGAUGGAGUUGUUCACAGAAGUGCAUUAGCGUUGGACGGUACUCAUGUAAAAGCCGUGUUGCCUGUCCGUGAUGCCGGCGCAUAUUACGGUCGUAAAGGAUAUCCAACCCAAAACAUACUAGCAGUAUGCGACUUCGACAUGAAGGGGUAUUUGGCACCAUACAAAGGGUCUCGGUAUCACCAAGUACAGUUCCGGGAUCGUGGACGACCCGAUAACCCAAGAGAAUUGUUUAACGAGGCGUACGCAUCAUUGAGGAGCAUGGUGGAAAGAACAUUUGGAGUGUGGAAAUCGCGUUGGAAAUUCCUGAACGACAUGCUUGACUAUGAUUUUGCAACGGUGCAAGUGCCAUUGGUUGGUGCGUCAAUGGCCUUACACAAUUUCAUCCGUAAGCACGAGAUAGUUGCUAAUGCACACAACGAAUAUGUCAGAUGUUCCUCUGUUCCAGAUGACAUGCCCGCCGUGGAAGGAAGACAAAAUAUGGAUGAUGGCCACAUGGUUGGGAAUACGGAUGUACAUAUGGCAAGAGUUCGCGUACGCAUCCGUGACCAUUUGUUUCACAUACGGAAUCAAGGACUAUUGUGA